GCACUGGGAGCGUUUGAGGCUCCGCGGCCGCUCACAUCUGGCUGGGGUUUGCUCUUUACGCGUCUGUCCCGCUUUCUUCAGCUCUUCCUCUACUUUCGAGAAACCGCGUUUCCGCUUCUGGCCAAAGAGACCUUGGAGCCGAGGAGAUCCAGGUGCCGGGAAGGGGCCGGCUCUGCCUGCACUCCCACAACUUUCUGCACCCUCUUCCCAGAGGACUUUUCCCUUCCUGCCCGCUCUCUCCUUCGACAAGUCUGGUCUUCCCCGGACCUGGCCGGGAGGAGGUUCCGUCGCUGAGAGAUGCUCUAAGAGAGGCCUUGGGGAGGACGCGGGCGCCCCGCUCGCUCCCAGACGCUGGCGGCUGGAGCAGGGCUCGGCGGGGAGAUGGGCUCCCGUGCGCUGGGACUUGCGCUGGCGUGCUGCCUGCUGCUGGCCUUCGCCUGUGGCCUGGUGCUGGGCCGCGUGCCGCGUGGGCAGGAGGAACAGCAGGAGCAGGAGGGAACCAAGGAGCCGCCGCUGGACCACACUGAGAGGGCUGAAGAAAAGCAUGAAAAAUACAGCCCCAGGCAGGGAGAUGAGCCCUCUGCUUCCCGGUGCUUUCGCUGCUGUGACCCUGGUACCCCCGUGUACCAGGCCAUCCCGGUGCCGCAGAUCAACAUCACCAUCUUGAAAGGUGAGAAGGGCGACCGAGGAGAUCGGGGCCUGCAGGGCAAAUACGGCAGAACAGGCUCCAUGGGUGCCAGGGGCCACAUGGGGCCCAAAGGGCAGAAGGGGUCCAUGGGGGCCCCCGGGGACCAGUGCAAGAACCACUACGCCGCCUUCUCGGUGGGCCGGAAGAAGCCACUGCACAGCAACGACUACUACCAGACGGUGAUCUUCGACACGGAGUUCGUGAACCUCUACGGCCACUUCAACAUGUUCACGGGGAAGUUCUACUGCUACGUGCCCGGCGUCUACUUCUUCAGCCUCAACGUGCACACCUGGAACCAGAAGGAGACGUACCUGCACAUCAUGAAGAACGGGGAGGAGGUGGUGAUCCUGUACGCCCAGGUGAGCGACCGCAGCAUCAUGCAGAGCCAGAGCCUGAUGCUGGAGCUGCGGGACCAGGACGAGGUGUGGGUGCGCCUCUUCAAGGGCGAGCGCGAGAACGCCAUCUUCAGCGACGAGUUUGACACCUACAUCACCUUCAGCGGCUACCUGGUCAAGCCGGCUGCCGAGCCCUAGCCACCCGCUGGCCUCCGGCCCCACCGCUGUGGGCUAACCUCCUGUUCUCCCCUUGCCCACCCCGCCCCGCCCCGUUGGACCCCUGUGGUCCAGCACGCGGCCACUUCCUGGCCGGCCCUCCCUCCAUCCCGGUCCCCUGGGCCCCCACGCCCCCAGCUUUGGCAUUUCACACGACGCCCCUCCCAGGAGUGGGAAUUUACAGCGACUGUGUGGUCCCCGGGCCCUGCCGUGUCCGCAGAUGAAGUCAGCAAGCCGGUGCGGAGGGAACUCCCCUCUGUGCACGUGUCCUUAGGUGACCCCCGCCCGGCGCGCCCCCGCAGUACCCCAGAGUCAGCCAUCCUCGCUCCCGCCACUGCAAAUAGUAAUUCUAAAUGCUGUGAAAGGAGCAAAGUAAACCAUGGAGAAGAAAGGGAGGCAUUGUUGUCUUUGACUUCCCGCCAUCCCUCUGGCUCCCCGGGGGUGGGCUGUUGCCACUCAAGGCCACAGGAGGCUCCUUGUAAGAGAAGAUGUAAAGUGGACGCCGAGGGUGAUGUGGAAGGGGGGGUGGGGGCGUGGGGACAGGGAACUACGCCUGGCUUAGUAUUUUAAGCCACGUGUGAACCUUCCUGGGGGACAGCUGGGCUGACAUCCACGGCCUGUAGACAGCCUUGCAUGAGGGUCCAGCUGGCCUGGCACAAGCCGUGAUGGUGACGGGGUUGGGGGGCAGCAAGUGUCAGCUCCCCCGAGGGAUGGCCAAGCCCUCGGCCAUGGUCUCUGGGUUGGGAGAAGCAGGCUCCCGGCAGCAGCUGGGCACCUCGGGGGCCCCAGACCUGCAGGUGGUCCCAUGAGGAGCAAAACCCAGUACAAGGAAGCAGAGCAGUGCAUCCUGGCCUGGCUCCCCUCCACGCCCCCACCCCACCCUCACCUCCUGGGCAUGGCUGCCACGCCUGUCACUCAGUGUUGGUUUUCUGUCCCUCCUCUCCAACGGGUCCCCCACAGAAGGCACCAGGGCCUUUGAUUUUGUAGCAGCCGUCAUGGUUGUACAGCAUUUUCUAGAAACUCCCUUGCACACCAUCUGAGUCCUCCUUCCCAGAGGGUUUGGCGUGCAGCUCCCCAGCCCCCCGACCCCGGGGCCUCUUUGACCGGCAGCUUAAGACAGUGCAGGAGGGCGUCCUGGGGCCCCAGGGCAGCGAGAGCUGGGAGGGACUGGAAGGUCCCCUCACCACCCCCGACCCUCUCCCAGCACUGGGGUCAAAAGCCCCGCUCUGCAGGUGGGGGAACACCUGCAGCGGGGUGCGGCCUGGAACUGGCGCUCUGGCCUGUGACUGGCUUUGGCCCGGCAGCCCCUUCCCUGCUUCUCAUUAACACCCAGGGCUGGGGUCACCCCCUUCCUGGCUGGGGCCCUAAGCCCCUAUGGGAGCCUGCCUUCCUGCCGCUCGGAAAUGCUGGGUCUACCGAUCCCUCUGUCCUCCCUGGGCCUGGCUGUGGGGUCUGGGGUCCCCACACCCCCCUGAAGGACUUCUGCUGGUCAGACUUUAAAACCCAUGUUCCCAUGGGCCUGCGGGUGAGUGGGGCGCCCACCUGCUGCUUUGUGCUGCCCCAAUGCUCUUCCAGAAAACAUUAAACUUGAGACUGUGGGUUUCAA